CAAGCAGCAGCAGCAGAGGGGGAGGAGGCGUGCGCUCCAUAUAUGGGCAUAGCCCCGCCCCGCCCGCGUCACCAGCUGACAUCGCUGCUCCCGGGGGUUUAGAGUUUUGGCUCCCGGGAAAGGUUCCAGUCCUGGGGGAUAGAGGGCUGAGUUUUGUUCGCUUCCAUCCAUCGUGCAAGACGCUAAAGGCCCCUCAUCCAGCUCUCUCCUGUGAGCAGGAGCCUCAUGUCUCAGUUUAUUUGUCUUUUGGAGCAGGAGAUCUUUGCCAGAAGUGGUCGAUUCAGCAGUGUCCUGAAGCUUUUUUGAUGCUGUUUUGUUGCUGGAGAUGAUGACACCACAUUGAGAAGCUUCAACCAACAAGCCACAAAAAAAAGAUAUUUAUUCUUCCUCUCCCUCUCUCUCCCUCUCCUCGUUGCAAAGCUCACAGUGCUACUUUUAUUAUUAUUAUCCUGUAUCCAUCACCAGCUUCAACAACUACUGGAAGGCAGAUCCAAGUGCUCUGCAAAUUGUUUAGAUUGUGCCAGAUUGAAGGAGAAGCAAAAAAAGCAGGACUCCAACUUGGGUCUACCCUACUGAUCCUGGGGAGUUAAGUCAUCAUCAUCAUCAAGGAGAAACCUCAGCAGCAGAAGAAGGAGAAGAACAAGACGAGGAGGAAGGAGAAGAAACUGGGACAUUUGACUUUUUUUUUUUUUUUUCCCUUAAUUAUUUUUUAUUAUUAUUAUCAUUUUGAACCUUCAUUUGAUAGGAGCUGAUUGUUGCCCAAAAAUUUAGUUUUAAUGUUUGGGAUUCAGGAAAAUAUACCAAGAGGUGGGACCACCAUGAAAGAGGAACCACUGGGAGGUGGGAUGAAUCCAGUCCGAUCAUGGAUGCAUACAGCAGGGGUAGUGGAUGCUAAUACAGCCGCCCAAAGUGGUGUGGGUCUUGCUCGGGCACAUUUCGAGAAGCAGCCGCCUUCCAACCUCAGGAAGUCCAAUUUUUUCCACUUCGUCCUAGCUCUGUACGACAGGCAGGGACAGCCGGUGGAGAUUGAAAGGACAGCUUUUGUGGACUUUGUGGAGAAAGAGAAAGAGCCAAACAGUGAAAAAACUAAUAAUGGGAUUCACUACAAACUGCAGCUGUUAUAUAGUAAUGGUGUUAGGACUGAACAAGAUUUAUAUGUUCGGCUAAUAGAUUCAAUGACCAAACAGGCAAUUAUCUAUGAGGGUCAAGACAAGAACCCCGAAAUGUGCAGAGUGCUCCUCACACACGAAAUUAUGUGCAGUCGAUGCUGCGACAAGAAAAGUUGUGGCAACAGGAACGAAACCCCCUCAGACCCUGUGAUCAUUGACAGAUUCUUCCUAAAGUUUUUCCUCAAGUGUAAUCAGAACUGCCUGAAGAAUGCCGGGAAUCCAAGAGAUAUGCGACGAUUCCAGGUCGUUGUAUCAACAACAGUCAAUGUGGAUGGUCAUGUGUUGGCCGUCUCAGACAACAUGUUCGUACACAACAAUUCCAAACAUGGAAGGCGGGCCCGCCGCCUUGACCCCUCAGAAGGUACGGCUCCUUCUUAUCUGGAAAAUGUAGCUACGCCGUGCAUUAAAGCGAUCAGUCCGAGUGAAGGCUGGACCACUGGUGGAGCGACGGUCAUCAUUAUUGGAGAUAAUUUCUUUGAUGGUUUACAAGUGGUAUUUGGAACUAUGCUGGUGUGGAGCGAGCUGAUUACACCCCAUGCCAUUAGAGUCCAGACCCCACCCAGACACAUUCCUGGCGUUGUUGAAGUCACACUUUCCUACAAAUCCAAGCAAUUCUGUAAAGGUGCCCCCGGAAGAUUUGUUUAUACCGCACUAAAUGAACCAACCAUCGACUAUGGAUUCCAGAGAUUACAAAAAGUUAUUCCAAGGCAUCCAGGAGAUCCUGAAAGGUUACCAAAGGAAGUAUUACUGAAGAGAGCAGCAGACCUUGUUGAAGCCUUGUACGGAAUGCCACACAACAACCAGGAGAUAAUCCUGAAACGAGCAGCUGACAUUGCUGAAGCAUUAUACAGUGUGCCACGCAAUCACAACCAGAUCCCCUCGCUUGCCAACACUCCAUCUCACAGCGGCAUGAUGGGAGUAAACUCGUUCAGCAGCCAGCUAGCAGUUAAUGUUUCAGAAACAUCACAAGCUAAUGACCAAGUAGGCUACAGUCGUAAUACAAGCAGUGUAUCACCACGAGGAUACGUUCCCAGCAGCACCCCACAGCAGUCCAAUUACAACACAGUCAGCAAUAGCAUGAAUGGGUAUGGAAACACUGGAAUGCCCAAUUUAGGAGUUCCUGGCUCACCUGGGUUCCUCAACGGCUCAUCCGCCAACUCUCCUUAUGGCAUAGUACCGUCAAGUCCUACAAUGGCAGCCUCCUCGGUCACCCUCCCUUCAAACUGUAGCAGUACACACGGCAUUUUCUCAUUCUCACCUGCAAAUGUCAUCUCUGCAGUAAAACAAAAGAGUGCAUUCGCUCCAGUCGUCAGGCCCCAAGCUUCCCCUCCACCAUCCUGCACUAGUGCAAACGGUAACGGACUUCAAGAAUCUGGCGAGGAAGAUGGUUGGGGAGGGUAUACUACAUGUAUAGGAAGUGGCAUCUCUGUCCUUUUUCCAUUGGGCGUUUGCUUUGAAAAUGGCACAAAACACCAGAGACUUCAUGAUUCAAAAUCUAUGUCGGGUCUUGUAGUUCCACCAAUGUAAAGUCACUUUUGUCUACUUGCUUGUAGCAUCAAGCUUCAGAAGAAAGCUUCAGGGGACACAUUUAGUGUAUUAAGGAGCACUGACGGAAACCAGUCUCUUCAGAACAAAAAAACCACCGAGAAGCGAAAUGCUACAAACUCUUUGUUUUACAAAGAUUUUAUUUGAACUUACGAGAACUCGACCUGCAAAAAAAAAAAAAAAAGGAUCGACUUCUUCACGAACAAUUCCAUUUUGUCGACUGAACUUUUCUCAUAUUUUUCACCUUUCUCAAUCCUGAAGAAGAUGGGGAAAAAAGCGACGCCUAUUUUGUACAAAGUUUCUGAUUAUGUCUUGGCUAUGUCUAGUACUUGCUCUAUGUUGGGACAAAAAAAAAAAAAAAGCAUCGUGGAUGCACCGUUCCGAAUUCUCAUGAAACACUGAUGAAAAAUGCCUCAGAACAUUUUUCGAGUACUCAUUAUUGGACUCACAAUGGUUGUGUAUCUCUAUAAUGUGAAAUAUUUUUUUUGUGGUGAAAAAGGGGGCCAAGGAGGUUUGAGCCAUCAAACUGGAACAAAAAAAUAAAAAUAUAUGAAUCAUUUAAAAUUGGAUGGGAGGGGUAAAAGGGGGAAACUUGGGCGGGGAAAGGGUUUAUCAUUGCUUAACUUCAUCUUAAUGAAAUGGAACUUUGUAACUUAUUGUAGUUAGGAAUUGUAACUUUGAUAUUGAAUUCUCUUGCCUUCAACAAGCACACUGACAGAGGGAGAUGCUACUGUCUGUUGGUUCCAAUAUACUUCCACUGCUAGAGCUUCCUGUUAAGCAAGUGUGACCUGCAUCAUUUUUUUCGACUUCUUGCUCGCACUGUAUACUAUUGCAUUCUUAGGCUACUGUGAAGUCUAUGUUUCUUGUACCAGAAAAUUGUCCUUUUGACUUCUAGAACCUUAUUCCCUAAUGUGUUUUGUAUGUGGUUAUAAAAUUGUAGACUUUUGUGAUUUUGCCAAAGUUGUAGCUAAAUAUUUAUACACUUGUCUUGAAUUUUUUUUUCUUUCCAGAUCCACUUAAACUAUUCGAGAGCCUAUUUUAUUCCUUAUGCCUUUCGAUGGGGAAUAAAAUAAUCUUGACACUUUCUUUCACGUGAACACUUGCAGUCACUAAGGGAAUUUAUUUUGUAACAUAUCAAUUAUAAAUAUUGUAUUUAUCUUUGAAAUUUUGUAUAUUGCUUUCCAUUGUUUUAUUUUUGUUCUUGUAUGUAUGUAUUAUUAUUAUUAUAAUUAUUGUUAUUUUUUUUUUUAUGUUGGGCUGGUGUUGACGUGCUGAGAAAAACAGCAUUAAGCCAAGAAAGGUUGCCUUCAUACUGUAUGUUCUUUUUAAUGAAUCAUGGUGUCCAUAAAUUUCAUUUGUACUUUCGGAAAUAUGUGCUAUUGUUUAGACUUUCUGUCCUUUUUUUUAUUGUUUUGAAGAAAAGUCAAAUUCAUUCUUUAUUUUUAUAUUAUUUUUAAGUUAUCUGAACAAAUGAUUUUUUGGAAUAAAAGUUGUUUGUUGUAUAGUCAAAAAACUAAAAACUGUGCCACAUGGCUGUAAUUAAUAUUAGUAGAACAAAAUGUGCAUGAUUAUCCAACCACGAAUACAAAUGGGCUUUGUGGUUGUAUGUUUAUUUUUUAUUUUAUUUGAAUUUUUUUGUUUUUUUUUGUUUUUUUUUAUAGAAUGUAAAAAAUCAUUUUAGCUGCCACUCAUAAGACUUGCCACAUAAUAGAAAAAAAAAAAAAAAAAAAAAGAACAAAAAAACUAAAACGUGCUUACUGGACAAAUUCAGAGGCCGGAAAUAUAAAAUUCACAACUGAUAUUUUGAUUAAAAAAAAUGUUUGCCACAUUAGUUUCUCUGAUGCCUUAAAGUUAUUUUCUUUAAAAAAAAAAUAAAAAAAAAUAUUUUGUGCUAUUUAUCACAGGCUUACACCAUGAUUUCUCAUCAUCACAUCAUGACGAUGAUUUCUGGUGUAAAAAACGAAAAAUGAAAUAGAGAGAAAAAAAAGCACAAUCCUGGUAUAAAAUGAUGUCACUCCUUUUCUGCAUCUGUCUUCUGCUGCACUCUGCACUCCCAAACUCAUGCACUGUUUAUAGGUUUCAUACAAACUCACGGUAAUACUCAACUUUUUUAUAUAUUUUUAAUGAAAAAUCUUUUGUAGCGAGUCCCAGUAGCUGAGACUUUUUAAUUGGAAAGACGUCCUUGGUAAUGGAUACGACUUAUUAGUGCCAAAAUUGUAGCUUGUAAAGGUGACGGACUGGUUAAUAUUUUUUUUGGUUUUCCUUUGCACUAUAGGCAUUGCUAUAACAGCGGUGUGAAUACUUUUGCAAACUGCAGCAGAAUUAAAAAAUUUCUACACAAAAAGGAGAGACAUUUUAUUUUAAUUUCUAGGCAAAAUGCAUACUAUUAGUGUGUUGUAAAAUAGUGGAAGCUAUGGUAUAACACGGACUUGAGAUGCUUUGCACAUUUAUGUUACGAAAGCCGAUAGGCCUAGCUCAAUGGGAAAAAUCUAGACACUUUUAAAAAAAUGAAAAAAAAAAAAGCCUCAUUUUUAUUUUGUAUAGGAAAGGUUCAAAUAAAGAAAAAAAGAGGUCAUGUGUACAUGUAAAAAAAAACAAACAAAAAACAUUUGCAAGUUAUUUCAUUAAUGCAAUCUGUUUGUGUUCUAGAUUAGUUAGUCUAUUCACACAUUGUCUCCAGAAUGAACGCUUCACUAAAUGGUAGAUCUUACUGUUAAAGACCCUACAAUAAGAUUGUUUUAUCUGUACAUUUUUUCAGAUAUUUAACUGUAUAAAAUGUUCAUUUUACACAAUAUUUAAUUAAAGUAUUUCUUGUCUGUGAA